AUGGAGAAAGCAAACGCUAUGCUAAGGUACAAAAGGCGUCAAAGCGUGAUAAGGUUGUUCCGUUUCAUCGAAUUUUGCAUUUUUUUCGUCAUAAUCUCAAGAUUUUCCACUCAAUUGCCACUCUCUUCCAAGCUCUCGACAGAUUAUUUCAAGGGACUCGGUGUCACCCUCAUUAGUCCUCGAUUCGUCUUCGUUCUUGGAAACGCAAUUGUCAUCAUCCUCUUCUUGAAAUCAGGACAGUCGUCUACUAAAGAUGACUCCACAAACGACGUUAAAGUUGAUCCGCACGAUGAGUACAAACAAAAAUGUUCGAUGAACAAAGAGGUUCAAUAUGCACAGAGCAAAAAACAGGGGAAACAGAGUAUUCUUGCAGAAGAGGCUUAUUGUGAACAGAGCAAAAAACAGAGGAAACAGAGUAUUCUGGUGGAAAGGCAAAUAGCAAAGAAAAUUCACCGUAGCCAUUCGGACAACGCUAUAUGUUUGUCCCAUGAUGAGAAAAAACCUAGAAAAAAAUUGAACCGAUCAGCUACAGUAGGAUGCCGGAAAGUUAUAAACGCUGACAGUGUAAAACCAACAAUGACAAUGACAACAACCUCAUAUCCGGAGGACGAGAUGAGCAGCGACGAAUUCAGGAAAACUGUUGAGAAUUUCAUUGCAAGACAACAAAGAUUUUUGAGGGAAGAAGAGUUGUCAGCUGUUGUUUCUUAUGAAACAUAG